CAGAUACCACACCAAUCCUCAGAAAAAGGAAAAGUAGAAAAGUCUUCAUUUCUUCACGGGUCACCCACCCAAGGCGUCUCCCACUCCAAAGUCCCCUGCUCUUUCUUUCACUCACCCCUUCUCUCUCUUCUCUCUUUCCCAGAAGCAACCCAAAAGGAAGUUUUGAGAUGUCAACUACCUUUACACCUACCGACACGCCUUCCCCAAUUUCAGACCCUCCUCCAAUAUAGUCCUCACCACCCCACUGCUCCUCUCCUCCGGCUAAUUUUUGCUUACGAAUAAGUCAAAGAAAGGUCCCUCGGACACCUCAAAUGGAUUCUGGCUCUGGUUCAGGUGAGCAUAACAUCAGAGGGAUUCCCACCCAUGGUGGACGCUACGUUCAGUACAAUGUGUACGGUAACCUCUUUGAAGUUUCCCGUAAGUAUGUCCCUCCUAUUCGGCCCAUCGGGAGAGGCGCUUAUGGUAUUGUUUGUGCUGCUGUGAAUGCUGAGACACGGGAGGAGGUUGCCAUUAAGAAGAUUGGAAAUGCUUUUGACAACAGAAUAGAUGCAAAAAGAACUUUACGAGAAAUAAAGCUUCUUCACCACAUGGAUCAUGAAAAUGUUAUUGCCCUCAAAGACAUCAUUCGGCCUCCACAGAAAGAGAAUUUCAAUGAUGUUUACAUUGUUUAUGAAUUGAUGGACACUGAUCUUCACCAGAUUAUACGUUCCAACCAACAAUUGACAGAUGAUCAUUGUCGGUAUUUUCUGUAUCAGCUGUUGCGAGGACUUAAAUAUGUACAUUCAGCAAAUGUUUUGCAUCGUGACUUAAAGCCCAGCAAUUUGCUUCUGAAUGCAAAUUGUGACCUCAAGAUUGGAGACUUUGGGCUUGCAAGGACAACGUCUGAAACUGAUUUCAUGACUGAGUAUGUUGUUACUCGUUGGUACCGAGCACCGGAACUGCUACUUAAUUGUUCAGAGUACACUGCAGCAAUUGAUAUUUGGUCGGUGGGCUGCAUUCUUGGUGAAAUCAUGACGAGGCAACCCUUGUUCCCUGGCAAAGACUAUGUUCAUCAGUUGAGACUUAUUACUGAACUCAUAGGUUCACCUGAUGAUUCGAGCCUUGGGUUUUUACGAAGUGAUAAUGCUCGAAGAUAUGUUAGACAGCUCCCACAGUUCCCAAAGCAAGAAUUCUCUUCUAGAUUUCCAAACAUGUCCCCUGGUGCUGUUGAUUUACUGGAAAAGAUGCUCGUGUUUGAUCCAAACAGGCGCAUUACAGUUGAUGAGGCUUUAUAUCAUCCAUACUUGGCACCUCUACAUGAUAUCAACGAGGAGCCUGUUUGCCCAAGCCCUUUCAGUUUUGAUUUUGAGCAACCGUCAUUUACUGAAGAAAAUAUUAAGGAGCUCAUCUGGAGAGAAACUGUAAAGUUCAAUCCAGACCCAACUCAUUGAGGAUUAUGUGAUUGUCUUUUGUAUACACUUGAUUAGAAUCUGAUGACUUGAACAACUGAACCAAUUGGGGGUGGAAAACACAAAAUACUCCUGCACAUUUUCGGCCUCGAAAAAAAAGUCAGUCAGAUGUUAUUUGUUCUUUCCAUCUCUUAUCUUUGGACGCUUAGUAAUUCAUCAGUGCCAAUGAAUCAGAGGCAGAAUUGCUGUAAAACUCAAAUCCCUUGCUUGUUGGUGCUGGUUCGUCCUUCGGUUGUAGGCGUAGGAGUUGAGGUUGGUAUGAUGAACUGAUGCCGCUGGGGAUUUGUUUCUUAUUCACUUCAAUCAGCAUGGUCACUAGAUCAAACAGUACGAUUUUCUGAGUGUUUGGAAUAGACUUGCUUUAAUUUGCUA